CCAGAAACAAAGCGCCACCCCCUUUCCGGAGAUACAGAGUUAGAGAGCAACCACUUUACAGUUUUUUUUUGUAGAGAACCCCCACCACGACUAAGGAACCAACAUGUCGUCGCAUCCAUAUCGCCAGAAGGUGGCCAAUGAACUGCCAGAUCAUUCGGAAUAUGGUGAUCCUCCAUAUCCUCAAGACGCCUUUGCUCAAGCCCUGAAAUCGUUUAAUUCACAACCAGCACAAACUUUUAAUUCCCAACCAACAAAUAAUUACCAAGAAUAUAAAUAUCCUCCCAAAAUGGAGACUCCAUAUCCCGUACUGCCAACUGAACUAGAAGUCAAACCGGCAACAUCAGCAUCAGCACCAGUAGCACCAACACCAACAACAGCAGCAACUAUCCGUCCAACUUCCCCAAUUCUUGCAACAAAAUAUCAAUACAAUCAUCAAACUCAUACAUCACUUGAAUCCUCAUCGUCAGGAUCAAAUGUUGAAAGUCCAAAAGAUGGCGAAUUUAUCACCCAAAGUCCACCUCCAGUGUUCUCCAAGAACAACAAUUUUAAUCAAUCUGGGAAAACUUCACAAGUAACUUCUCCAACUUUCAAUACAACAUCUGCAACUUCUUCAGUGACAAAUUUCACCUUGGGAGGUGGUCAAUCAAGACCUUCACAAGAAAGUGCGAACAAUUAUGAUAAUCUUAAAUUACCACACAAUGGAGGAGGUUAUGGAUCUAAAAGUGAUUCUAAUGUUGAUCAUGUAUAUAGUAACAAUGUGAAGUAUGGACACAGUAGACAGGUUUCAUCUACUUCAUCCUUAUUUGUUGAUAAGUCCGAUGCGGUUAGCAUGGUUGAUUAUGGUCAUAAUGUUAUCCAACAAUAUCUUGGUAGUAAUCUGCAUAGAUCAGUUCCUAGAAUUAAAACUUUGGAAUUGUAUAGACAAAAUGCUAAAAAAUCCAAUGAUCCAACUGUUUUAUAUCAAUAUGCACAAUAUAUGUUACAAACAGCAUUAAUGAUGGAUGGACAAGGAUCAAAUGGAUCAACUCCACCAACAAAUUCACCCAUGAAAAGUUCUAAAACUGGACAUAAGAAAAAUAAAAGUCAUAAUUCAUUGAAUGAUAUGGAUCAAAUGAUGGAAAUUGGAGGGAAACAAGUGGUUGGAGAAAAGGAAUUAAGAAAAGAAUUGAUUCGUGAAGCAUUACAUUACUUAAGAAAAUUAUCCGAUAAGGGAUAUGUAGAUGCUCAAUAUUUAUUAGCAGAUGCUCAUAGUUCAGGAGCAUUAGGGAAAGUUGAAAACAAAUAUUCAUUUGUAUUAUUUCAAUCAGCUGCUAAACAUGGACAUGUUGAGUCUGCAUACAGAACGUCAUAUUGUUUUGAAGAAGGUUUAGGAACUGGUAGAGAUGCAAGAAAGGCAAUUGAAUAUUUAAAGAUUGCAGCAUCUAAAAACCACCCAAGUGCCAUGUAUAAAUUAGGGAUUUAUUCAUUUUAUGGUAGAAUGGGGAUGCCACAUGAUGUUAAUACACAAAAGAUGGGGAUUAAAUGGCUUACUAGAGCUAGUAAUGUUGCCACAGAAUUAACUGCAGCAGCACCAUUUGAAUUGGGGAAGAUUUAUUUCCAAGGAUUUAAAGAUAUUAUCAUUAAAGAUGAAAAAUAUUCCUUGGAACUUUAUAGUCAAGCAGCAGCUUUAGGACAUGUUGAAUCUGCUAGAAUUCUUGGACAUUAUUAUGAAGUUGGAGAAAUUGUUCCACAAGAUUCCAAUUUAUCUAUUCAUUAUUAUACCCAAGCCGCACUUGGAGGAGAUGCAGAGGCCAUGUUGGCCAUGUGUGCAUGGUAUCUUGUUGGUAGUGAACCAUUUUUACCUAAGGAUGAACUUGAAGCAUUUGAAUGGGCUAAAAGAUCAGCACAAUCAAACUAUGUUAAGGCACAAUAUGCACUUGGAAAUUUUUAUGAAAAGGGAGUUGGAUGUGAACGUAAUUCAACUGAACUGCAAAAUUGGUAUAAAAGAGCUGCACAGGGAGGUGAUGAAAAAUCUUUAGCUCGAGUCACCGAUAAGGAAUGGGUUGCCAAGCAUCAAAAGGGGAACAAAAAUAGAUCUAGAAGAAAUAAUGGAGGAGCUAAGGGAGAAAAUAUUGCAGCUCAAGAAAAGGAUUGUGUUAUAGUUUAAAUAAUAAUGAAUGGAAAUAAAAUAGAUAAAUUAAGAGAGUAUACUUGUUUUUAGUAUAUAUGUUAUUUUGGAGAUUAACGGCCUUGUAAACAAACAAAAAAAAAAAAACAACUACUAAUGGGUAUACCAGGUUACACAUAAUUUCAAUACAUGAAUGAUUCAAAGUGGCUUAGGAUAUCACGU